AUGGCGGCUCCCGCCUCCCCCUCAGCGCCGGCCCCGGGCGAGCCCCGCGCCGCCGCCCAAUCAGGAGCGAGAACGGCUCUGAUUGACAGGAGGGCGCGCCGGCGGCCCCCCGGGGAGGAAGCGCCUCCGCCAAUCGCAUCGGGGGAGGGCCGCCGGCCCGGCCAAUGGGAGCGGCGGGCGGGCCGCGCCUCUGGGCGAGCUCCACCAAUGGGAAGCUUCGUGGGCGGGCCCUCGCCGCUGAGGAGCCCAAUGGGCGGCGGGCCCUGCGCGCGUGCGCAGUUGGCGCUCGGGCGAGCGGUGCGGCGGCGCCGGGCGGAGGCGGAGGCGGCGAUGGAGCCGGGAUACGGCGGCUAUGAGGGCUACGAUUAUUACACCCCCCAGAGCUCGGCCGCUCCCGCCGCCGCCUCCUACACCUACGGAGCCGCUUCCGGAGCUUGGGAACCUCCCAAACCUUCCGAGCUGGGCCUCAACUCCGACGGAGCCGCCGCCGCCGCCUACGGAGCCGACGGAACCGGCCCGGAAAACUCCGACUCCAUCAUCGCCAAGAUCAACCAGAGACUCGACAUGUUGUCCAAGGAGGGCAGCGCCGGGGCCGCAGAGGCCAUGGACGAGCACGAGGGCUCCUUCCGCUUCGAGUCGUUCGACUCCUACGAUUCCCGCUCGUCUCUGGGCGAGCGAGACCUUUACCGCGCCGGCUACUCCGACUACGGCGACGCCGAGCGCGCCGGAGACUCCUCCUUCGGCGCCGGCGCCUUCGACUCCCGUCGGGAGCAGCCGCGGAGCCGCGGGGGGAACAACGGCUUCGGGCUCCUGCGGGGCCGGGGAGGGCAGAACCGCGCCCAGAACCGCGGCCGCCUCGGAGCCUUCGGCCGCCCCGAGGGGUUCCCGGCCUCCUCCUCCUCCUCGUCCAGCUCGGAGCGGCUGUCGGCGCGUUGGAACGAGCUCAACUACCUGGGGGCCGCGCGCGGGAUGGGCGCCGCCGGAGCCAACCGGCUGCCGUCCCUCUUCUCCCAAGCCCUGGUGCCCGAGUACGGAGACUACGGAGACUACGGGGACUACGGGGACUACGGAGACUACGGGGAUUACGGGGAUUACGGAGACUACGGAGACUACGGAGAUUACGGGAUGAUGGGGAUGGGGAUGGGGCGCUACGGAAACGCGCCCUACGGGAUGGGCGUGGGGAUGGGACGGCAGCGACACAGGGACAGGAUGGGAGCCGCACCCUGGCACGGGAACACACUCGCCCCCAAGAGAAGAGGCUUCCGGAGCCGCUCCGGGGGCCGCUCCGAGGGAGAAGGGGGUCGGAAGCGGAAGCAAUCCCAGAGCGGGGACGAUCCCGAGGCCAAACAGCCCCGGACCGACAGCGAGGGCGACGACUCCGACAACGCGGACGAGGGAGAAGGGGAGGAAAAAUCCGGGGAUGAAGGUGACAAAGCCUCCGGGGACGGUGGCGAGGACGACGACGAGGAGGUGAAGAAGAAGAGGGAGAAGCAGCGGAGGAGGGAUCGGAUGCGGGAUCGGGCCAUGGACAGGAUCCAGUUUGCCUGUUCCGUGUGCAAAUUCCGGAGUUUUGAGGAGGAGGAGAUCCAGAAGCAUCUCCAGAGCAAAUUCCACAAGGAGACCCUUCGCUACAUCGGCACCAAACUGCCCGACAAGACCGUCGAGUUCCUCCAGGAAUACAUCGUCAACAGGAACAAGAAGAUCGAGAAGCGGCGCCAGGAGCUGACGGACAAGGAGGGAUCCAAACAGAAACCGGAUCCCUUCAAGGGGAUCGGGCAGGAGCAUUUCUUCAAGCGGAUCGAGGCCGCUCAUUGCAUGGCCUGUGACAUGUUGAUCCCGGCCCAGAACCACCUGCUCCAGAGGCACCUCCGAUCCGCCGACCACAACCGCAACCGCAGGAUGGCUGCGGAGCAGUUCAAGAAGACCAGUUUACACGUGGCCAAGAGUGUCCUGAACAACAAACACAUCGUCAAGAUGCUGGAAAAAUACCUCAAGGCGCUUUGACCCCUCCUGGGGGAUUUUUGGG